CGAGCUCGCUGCGAACACGACCAGAACCUGUGGCGUGUUGUGACGUCACGGCGCCGGGGAUCGAUAGUGGGCCGCGCCGCACCGCAACGCCGGGAGUACGGCCGACGCUGGGCCGGUGGUGAAUCGGAGAACGGAGCGCCGGCGGAGACACACCAACAUGUGGCACCUGCUUAUGUGCGUGGCUGCGCUGGUGACCGCCGUGCAAGGCACGUGUGACUCCGACACGCUCUACUUCGGCGACCUGAAUCCAGCCACCACCUCGCCGUACCAGCUGCAGGUGAUUUCCGCUCUGGGCACGUACGUACUUGAGCCGAACAACGUGUCGCUGGUGGCGUACCGGCACAUCGGACGGCCUGACCAGUUCCUGCUGCGGGAGCCCACCGCGGCCGCCGUCAAGCGCUGGGUCGUCGCCACCCUGCCCGACGACAAGAAGCCGGAGCGCGUGCAGCACGCCUACGAGGCGUGGCCGGAGUCGGGCAACAUCCUGGCCACGGGUGAGUUCGAGGACGAGCCUUGGAGCGCCGGCGCCGGCGCGUGGCUCGUGCGCGACUGCGACGAGGGCCGCUCGCCGCUGGCGACGCUCAACGUCAGCUGCGUGCCGAAACACUUUGGCCAGUGCUCGACGGACCGGUGGCGCGUGACAGGGCCGGCGGGCGGCGACUCGUUCGACGUGCUGACACCGUCGUCGACCUACGUCAACGGUCGGCGCCAGUACACCUCGCUCACGGAGAAGCUGUCUGUGGGCGCCGACGGCCGCUGGCGGCUGACCAGCGUUCUGCCGGGACAGGGCAGCCUCGUGUCGUCGACGCCGGCGGAGCGGCUGGAGUUCGUGCGCGGCUGGCGCGCCGUCGACGCCGCUGGCCAGGAGACGGACGCGCCCGGCAGGAGCGUCCAGUGCGAGCCUAUCCCAGCCCCCGGCGGUGAGGGCGGCGACCCGUGCGCGACGAACCCGUGCAAGAACGGCGGCACGUGCCUGCCGGCGCCCGACGACCCGGCGGCGUACCUCUGCCGCUGCCGCUUCGACAGCGUGAGCCUCAACUGCAUGGAGGUGCGGGAGUGCAAGCCGCCGCCGACGGUGGCCAACGGUCACUUGCUCUUCACCAGCGACCUGUCACCGCACGGCAAGGCCUUCUACCGCUGUGACGUCGGCUACUUCAUCAAGAAUGCUGACACGAAGGCCGACAAGAAGGCCAACGCCUUCGCCACCUGCGACGGCGCCAGGUGGCAGAACGUGCCGACUUGCGUGCCCAUCACGACACAGGUGACCAUUGCGGCGGCGUACGUGCACAGCUGCGACUUCGACGCCGGCUGGUGCGACUACCGGCACGCGCCGACGCUCACCCUGUCGGGCCGCUCGUCCGGCUGGGAGCGCGUGAGCGCGGCUGGCCGAGGCUACGCGGCCGAGGUCCGCGGCAGCGGCGACGGACGCCGUCAGGUGGCGCGCCUGGAGACCCCCUGCAUGUUCGUGCCGGCCGAGGGCUGCGUGGCGGUCGACGUGCGCCUCGGCGGCGGCGCCGGCGGUAACGCCACGCUAACCGUCAUCGACGACGAUGAGGUGGUCCUGUGGCAGACCAAGAGCAGGACGGACUGGACGACGGCGACGCUGACGCUGCCGCCUGGCGGCAACCGGCUGACGUUCGAGGCCAUCACGGAGGGGGGCGGCACGAGCGUGGGCGUCGACAACGUCCGCGUGUUCCAGUGGAACUGCAAGCAGGUCGGAAAACUGCUGUUCUCGAGCGCGAGUAGCGGGUCGGUGCAGGAGAAGCUGCUGCCGCUGCUGUCGCUUCUGCUGCUGCUCGUUUACAGCGGGUUUGCUGGUGUCCUCGAAGCUUAGAGCCUGGGGACCUGAGCGGUCGGAGUCUCGCAACUGCAGAAUGUUACAAACGGAGAGCACCGUUUUUUUUCGGGCUUUGAGCCUGAAGCAUGAAGUUCUAGGGGUGUAGCUCCGAAAACGUGGAGUCCU